AUAUUUUUUCCCUUCCUUCCCUCCAUCCUCCCCGUAAUAAAGGCGCGAGCUUUUUAAGCCGUGGGGGGUGGGGAGACGUGGAGCCUAGCUUGCCUGCUCUGCUCUGCUGCAGGCAUGGGCGCGGCGGUGCGGGCUCUGCUGCUUCUGGCCCUCGUGGCGGCGGGGGCGGAGGCGCUGAGCCUGGACGUCCACCACCGGUACUCGGCCACGGUGCGGGGGUGGGCGGGGCUGCGCACCGGGCCGGCGCCGGGCACGGCCGAGUACUACGCCGCGCUGGCGGGCCACGACGACCUCCGCCGCCGCUCGCUCUCCCUCGCCGCGGCCGUCGCCCCUGCGCCAGGACCCGGCGGGCCGUUCGCCUUCGCCGACGGCAACGACACGUACCGCCUCAACGCCUUCGGAUUCUUGCACUACGCGGUGGUGGCGCUGGGGACGCCGAACGUGACGUUCCUGGUGGCGCUCGACACCGGCAGCGACCUCUUCUGGGUCCCCUGCGACUGCCUCAAGUGCGCCCCCCUCUCCUCGCCAGAAUACGGGAAUUUGAAGUUCGACGUGUACAGCCCGCGCAAGUCGAGCACGAGCCGGAAGGUCCCCUGCAGCAGCAGCCUGUGCGAUCUCCAGACCCAAUGCAACAGCGCCGCAAGCAAGAGCUGCCCCUACAGCAUCGAGUACCUGUCGGACAACACGUCGUCCAACGGGGUGCUCAUCGAGGACGUCCUAUACCUUGCGAGCGAGUCCGGGAAGUCCAAGAUCACCCAGGCCCCCAUAACAUUCGGCUGUGGACAGGUCCAGACGGGGUCGUUUCUAGGCAGUGCCGCGCCGAACGGCCUGCUCGGGCUCGGCAUGGACAGCAAGUCGGUGCCGAGUCUGCUGGCGAGCCAAGGAGUCGCCGCCAAUUCCUUCUCCAUGUGCUUUGGGGAAGAUGGUCAUGGCAGGAUCAACUUCGGGGACACGGGAAGCGCCGACCAGCUGGAAACUCCGCUGAACAUUUACAAACACAAUCCCUACUACAACAUUAGCAUCAUAGGAGCUAUGGCGGGAGGUAAAACGUUCAGCACAAAAUUCAGCGCAGUCGUGGACUCCGGUACCUCGUUCACGGCUCUCUCCGACCCAAUGUAUACCGAGAUUACCAGCGCUUUCGAUAAACAAGUCAAAGAGAAGAGAAAUCAGGCCGAUUCUUCGCUGCCGUUUGAAUAUUGCUACACCAUAAGUGCCAAGGGAGCUCUUAGUCAUCCAAACAUAAGCCUGACGGCAAAAGGUGGCAGUAUAUUUCCUGUCAAUGAUCCAAUAAUCACCAUAACGGACAUUUCUUCGAGCCCUGUUGGCUAUUGCUUGGCUAUUAUGAAGAGUGAAGGUGUUAACUUGAUUGGGGAGAACUUCAUGUCCGGGCUCAAGGUGGUGUUCGACCGUGAGAGGCUGGUCUUGGGAUGGAAAUCUUUCAACUGCUACAGCGUCGACCACUCUAGCAAGCUUCCGGUGAGCCCGAACCCCUCGGCCGUCCCUCCAAAACCCGCCUCUGGACCAGGCAGCUCAAACCCCGAAGCUGCGAAGCGCCCUUCGCCGAACAUCACCCAGAUCGACGUGGCCAAGCCUUCGUCCGGAUCGUCGGUCCACUUCCAUUUCAGCAGGACCUUCUUCGCCGCCAUCGCUCCACUGCUCCUCCUUGCCAUUCUUUGAUCCCACCAUUGCCUUGUAUUGGUUUGAAGUUGACAUGGAUACAUGAUCACACACUCUCACACUCCUUUUUUUUUGUAGUUGCCGUAGGAGUUGGUACAGUACAGGAUAGAACACACAGGAUGACUUGCGUAGGUAGACGUAGGCCAUUUUUACUUUGAUUACUUCAGGUGUUGAUAUGUGUACACUCGCAAUAACGCGCUCCGCCGAGGGGUUUGUGACGAGGUGGACGCGCAUGUAUAUGUAGUGAAACCACAGAAUAAUGAUCAUACUCACUGCCGUAUACUUCGUGCA